AGUGCACACGCACGCUUACGCGCUAUCGGUCAUCCGCAGACUGCGGUCAUAGUGAGGUUAGGACAGUGUGUGGUGGUGACAAUAGCCGGCGGCGAGGCCGAGCAGGUGCACCAGCCAAUCGAGAAGGGCGAACAAUAGGUGCGAGGGGGUGCGCAUAGGGACGGCGACGGCGCGCAUCCUCCUUUGCUGUUGUUGUCAGUGCGGGCAGUCGACAGCAACACGGUGGCUGCUGCACCGCUGCAAGAGGUUCGCUCCCAGGCGAAUCUGCCGCCAUGUGCUGAUCGGGGGCUCCUGGCGCACCUCAGAAAUAUGUCUUCGAAGCGGAAGAGUCCUCCAACGAAGCUUCAAGAAGGCUCAACGGACGGCGGCGGCGCCCCGCUGCCCCCGACGAUCGUGGGCAGUGGCAGCGACGGGGGUGGCCUGACGGACCUCGACGAAACCAGCAGCAACAAUCUGAGCGACGUCGGCGAAGAAGACAUCGGCGCCGGAAGCGGCACGAUGGUCAAUAACACAAGCGCGUUUUAUAAACUUUCCGAAUCGUCAUCUCCGAGUGUUUCAGGCAGCGAAGUAGACGACGGCAUCGACGAAGACCGGACGCCGCCCCCAAGCAAAACGGCUCGAAUGUGUUCAGAGGCGCCGAGCAACGUGCUCAUGCCGUCGGGCAUCUCGGCGCUUUCGCUGCACGGAGACGAAAGACGACGGAAUUCGUCUGAGUGUAGUUCGCCCACUUCCGAUUUAAAGACUAGCUUACAUUACAAUAACAAUAACAGUAGUUUACACAAUAACAAUAGUUCCUCGCAUCCUAUGAAAAGAUCAAUGGAUGACGUGCUCAAGAGGCUCACUUCCAAAAUCCACAACAGCACCAUCAAAGAAGAGAAGAGGCCGACGCCGUCGUCGACGCCCAACUCUACGCAUAACUCGGACGUAGAACCCACCGCUGCGAUCCACCAAGCCCUUUCCGGCGACAACUUCAUGGAAAAAGACCGGAAGUUGUCCGAAUUAAUUUUCCAACUACAGAUGGUCCGGGAGCAGCUCAUAUCGCAGCAGCAACAGCAGCAGCAGCAGCAAGACAGCAAGCCCCCCGGUGCCAGCCAACUGGUCAAUGAAACGCACAAGCAGCUGGAGUUCCAAAGGAGGCAGCAGGAGCAAAUGCUGCAGCAGCAACAAAAACUGCAGGAAAUUCAAGGCCAAAUCACCGCCCAAUAUGCAGCCAGCGGUGUCAGCCCCCAAGGGCUCAUGUUCUUGCCAUUCUUGGAGCAACUGCGCGGAUUGCAGCCUCCAAAAUCACUCGCCAAUCACAUGCUUCCACCUCACCAAGUCCCCAGUUGGAUCUCUGCGACAGCCCAUCUUGCCCAUAUGUCUGCCACGACGGAAAAGAGGUCACCGACGCCCCAACGGACACCGUCGCCGCAACCGCCGCCCUCAGAUCCUGAUGCCCCCUUGAAUUUGUCAAAACCCAAAUCAUCGAGUUCGGGAUCUGCAGGAUCGAGUCCACAGAGCGCGCCUGCAGGGUUGCAGACUUUCAAUGACCAACCGGUGGCCGCCACCGCCCCCAAACUACUACCUCCCAGUUUAGUGAUGCCAAGGGCGUUUUUGCCCUAUGCAGGAUUGCCGCCGCAGUUUAGUCCUUUACCUCCCAGUGUCGACAGGAGUAAGCAGGGCAAAGACGAUAAACAACCGCACUUUCCCAUGCACAUGUAUGGGCUGCCAGCGCCGCCACACAUGGGAGGGAGGCCCAAGGAAGAUGGAGGGAUCAAGGAUGAAACGGACUUUAUGGCAGCGUGUCACAUGUGGGGAGGUCCCGACCCAAGCUUCAAAAUCGACGAUAACUCCGAAAAAGCAAAAAUCAUCAGACAACAAGCCAAACGCGACAAUGAAAACAAACCCCAUAUAAAACGUCCAAUGAACGCUUUCAUGGUAUGGGCUAAAGACGAACGACGGAAAAUACUAAAAGCCUGUCCCGACAUGCACAACUCGAACAUAUCUAAAAUUCUGGGCGCCCGCUGGAAAGCCAUGUCGAACGCCGAGAAGCAACCGUACUACGAAGAACAAUCCCGUUUGUCGAAACUGCACAUGGAGAAACACCCAGACUACCGAUACCGACCUCGGCCGAAGAGGACCUGCAUUGUGGACGGCAAGAAGAUGCGCAUCUCGGAGUACAAGAUGCUGAUGCGCCAAAGAAGGCAAGAGAUGAGGCAGCUUUGGUGCAGAGAUGGCACGGGCGACAUGAACUUCUCGCUGUCUUCCAACUCGGACUUAUCUUCGGCGACGGCGACGGCGGGCCGACCCAGCGUGUCGCCGCCCCUGGGCCUGAUGAACGGCGCGGGGCCCAGCUCCGAGGGCUUUUACUACCCACAUGACAGCGCGUCGCCCGACGCCCUCAACUUCUCGCAGGAGCACGCGUCCAUGGCUUACGACUCGAGUCCCAGGAACGAGGACGAAUGAGCCUGGCCAAACAGGGAAAGCUCUUUCCCUUGGUACUGAAUCUGGCCCUUCGGAACGAGAAACGAGUCUUGCGGGCGGAACCCAGUGUACAAAUCUUGAGACGUUUGUAAAAAGGCAACUGUAAUUCUUCGUGCCAUCGAAUGUGAAGCGACCUUACGCCCAGGAGACUAUUCGAUUAACUUAAAGUUGGUGUUGUAGUUGUAUUGUUAUGUAGAUAUAUUACUCUAGAUCUUCAAGUUAUUUAUUACACUAGUUUUUAAUGUUUUCUCUUUGUUUUUAUUUUGUAAAUUCAUGUAAAGUUUUAUACAUAGUUUACACAUUGCAUUGUCGAGAAUCAGCUUUACUUUUUAUCCAUUUUUGUUUUUAAGUUUUAUUUGUUAUCACUUUUACAAUUCUAGUCUUCUCAUUAUUUUAACUUUAGCUUUAAAAAGGCAAAUUAUUAUUGAUUUUGGUACAAAUUUAUUUCGUGUCAUAAUAAGAGGACUAGAGUUUGACAAAAUCUUUAAAUUAAAGUGCAAUGUACCUAUCAUAAAAUAGAUUUGUUCUCAACUGUUGAUGUUUAUAUAUUUUAAUAUAAGAGCCAGUACUUUAAGUAAUUAUUAUUUAUUUUCAACAGUUUUUGUACUUGUACAGUGACUCAAUUAUAUGUUACGGUUAGUAUACACAAUUAUGUACUUAGACAUAAAAGUUAUCUGUCAUAUGCAUAACAUUACGUAAUUCAGAAAAGGUCAAAGUAGUACUAUGUUAAGCCGAAAAUUUGGUAUUUGCAGGUCAUGAAUCAUAUAUCCGAUGACCAAUAAAGCAAUUUCACUCGACCUACCAUCAUUUUCAAUCAUAAUUGUACAUUACAUGCAGGUUACGACACGUUGCAAAUACACAUUUUCCUUUUUUUUUUAACAAUGGAAAUUUAUUUAUGCACAUGCAAGGUCACUGCAGCUCGUUCGCUAUCAAAGAAAGUUCAUUGAAUCGUGAAUCCUAAAUGAAAACUACCAUCAUCGGAACUUGCGUGCCCAUGAAUAAAACAUUUUUGAGCAAUUACGAAACAAUUUGUAGCCAAUAUUGUGCCCAUAAACAAGCUUUAUUUAUUGCGAUUUAUUUAACAAAAAGUCACCACAGAUUAUUACCUAAUUGCUCAGAACCGUACAUGAGACGUGUUAUUGUUUUCUUUUUUUUUUAACUUACAUACUUAAAAUGUGAUACCUGUAAUUAGGUAUAGUGUAAAUUGUAGUAUUUACUCGAUUAGGUAUGCACGACAAUUUAUGAGAGAGAUACGAGUGUAGUGCAUUUAAAAUAUUCCAUAAUGCAUCAUAGGGCUAGUGAGUGUUUGUAACAAUACCAUUCUCAAUGUAAAAUUAUUGUAAGUCAUAUAUCGCAUCAAAUGAUUACAACUGAAAUGUCUACUAGGAAAUAGGCUCACUGUUCUUUUCUGUGCCAAAUUCGAAUAAAUAAACUAUAAACUGUAGUAAAA